GCAAAGCGUUCGAUAAAAAGAUCCGUGAAGACCAAGGAGUACAUUGCCCUAGCUACUACCAUUAACGAGCUAGGGUUUGAAGUAAUACCUUGUUCUUAUUGUUUUUCUUGCGGCCUCUGCUGCCAUAUAAUAGAGAGUUCUUCUUGUUACGGCAAGUACGUUCGUAUUAUAGACGAAUCAAAGCGCCUUAACCGGUUAGAACAAGAUACUAAGGAGGCUCUCUAUACCAACCGCGAUUUGUUGGCAAAAGUAUAGCGUCAUCUGGACGAAUCUCUAGCUCGUUUAGACCGUAUUCGUCGUCAAAAGCGAUUGUUGUUAUCUUAAGGGUCGGAGAUAGUUCGCUAGGGUCUUACGUCUUUAGAUGAAUUAGAAGAGGUGGGACAGCAGGAAUCGGGGGCGGUUCUAGGUAUGUAGCUUAAUGGUGGCGUUAACGUUAUUAACUAGGGCGCUAUCUUUGAUUCUGUCCUGGUUUUGCCUUUGGUCGAUCCGGGUUCUGCCGGUAGAACUGUUCUAGUUUCUUAGGGCAGUUUAAAUUCUUAACUAGUUCCUAUGAGUUGUCUUCUAAUCCAAAAUCAAGCCAUUUGACCAGGUA